AUGGAUUCAAAUACUAUUGAUUCAAAUCAAGCAGAACAGACCGCGUACUCACUAACUAGCAAUGAACAAUGUGGAUAUCAACCAAGAACAUUAGAAGAACAUAAUCAUGGGCGAUAUGCUUAUUUACCUAUAUUUCCAAGCAAAUAUGAUGGUCCAAAUGAUUGCUUACUCUUGGCUAAUGUACCAGCGAAUCGUCUUGCAUCUCAUGAGAUCACUCGACGUCAACAGGGAGCAUACACAUCGGAUGCACUAAUGCUAAUGAGCAACUACAAUUAUUCUGAUGGAUUUAGUUUAUCUGAACAAGAUGCUGAAGAACUAGCUACACGAUUACAAGUAGGCAAAUCAAUCAUUACUUUCAAUGCUGAUCGACUUCGUCGAAUCUGUCAUACUCUUCUUGCAUUCCAUGAAAAAUUUCGACGACAUGUUCUAUUUAAAAGUGAUGUUUCUUUAAAAGAACCAACAUUGAAUUCGAAACAAAUGGCUAUGGCAUUGGAAUUCUAUCUACAAAUAGAUGUGGAUCUAUUCUACAUGAAAACUUGCUCGUUUCGAGGAGCUGAACCUCGAUCUAACAUUCAAGGUCUAUUCUGUGGAAGUGAUGAACCUCAAGCAAGAUAUGCAUUGAUUCCAUGUGGUGAUCUCCUUUGUUCAUGUUGUCUUCCGUUACAUACUUACAAGAAAAGUCAACCAUGGCCUAUCGUUGAUUUUACUUCAAAUUCAAUGCAUCGAUUUGUCAACGGUUAUACUACCUAUCUCAAUUGUUCAGCUACAUGUACUACAUCAAACAUAGUCUAUGCAAUGACAUGUCCAUGUGGUCAUUAUGAUUAUGUUGAUUCAACAGGAAAAUCAUUGGCUGAUGCUAUGGUUUAUCACCGGAAACAUGGUAACCGAAUUAUACAUGAAAAAUUGACGGGUAGUCCUCUAUUUCGAGGAUCACAAAUCGAUCCGGACGAGAGAGAGAAAGAAAUGGCUAAUCAAAUGCGGCUCUAUCAACAUUCGGCUCGAUGUCCAGCAGCACUUCGCUCAUUUCUCGAUUGCAAUCCCAACUAUUGGUGUUUUAUUCCUCAACCAUGGAACGCAGCAUUGGAAGAAAAUGUUUCUUAUUUUCCAAAUGCUUCCACUACUGAUCCCAAUCUAGCUGCUGUGAUGGCAACUACUUCCAUAGACAAUCGUAGAGUAGCAUUUUAUCUAGACAAUGUACCAUUACCACCAGCUGCCUAUGCCUUCUCAUAUCCACAGAUACAAAAACAGCGUUCAUUUUUCGAGAAAUUUGUUGCUUACUCUAUUCAUCAGCGACCUUAUAUCGAGUUGGACUUGUAUAAGAUGGCAAUCAUUGCUGUUCUACCAGAUGAUUGUUCGACUAUAUUACGAUACGUUAUUGAAACAUUGUUUAUUAUUCAUGGUGAAACUAAAUUAAAUAUGAUUUGCCCUCUUGGAGGUGAUGUUGAAAAACGCUAUGGCCGUCCCUAUGAUCUUGUUUGGUGUGCUAAUUUAAAUCAUUCAUCGACAUGA